AAUAAAAGUUGGCUUCUUUCUUUCCAUACUCAUAAAGAAAAACCCACUAUAGAGGCAUACCUUUCCUCUCUUCUAAACCUACCCACACCCCCUUCUUUCUCACUAAGUUUCGCAUCCCCAUCUCCUUAAUCACCAAGAAAAUUAGCCCUAUUCGUUUGCCUACAUAUUUGAAUGUUGUAUCACUGUCCCCUUCUUAUCUAUUCUUGAAGAAGUAUUCCAUCUCAAAAUCCCAUAUCUCAAUCCAAGUUGUUAAAAAAAAAUAGAAAAUCAAAGAAAGAAAAGAUGAGUGCUGAUUGGGGACCAGUUGUUGUAGCAGUGGCUUUGUUCAUCCUAUUGUCACCAGGGCUAUUAUUCCAGCUACCAGCAAGAACAAGGGUUGUAGAAUUUGGGAACAUGAAUACAAGCGGGAUUGCUAUUUUGAUUCAUGCUGUAAUAUACUUUUGCAUAGUCACCAUUUUGAUUGUUGCUAUUGGUAUUCACAUACAUGUUAAUUAAUUCAUUCCAAAAACUUGUCAGGUUUUUCCAUUUUUCUUCUUUUUUCUCUAUUCGUCUUCCCUGAUUUGAUCUGACAGCAUGUUAGCCGCUUCUGUAAGUCCAAAGCUAUGAAUUCUGAAAGCAAAGUCAAUCACUUCUACUCGCA